AUGCGUGUAUCAACCUUCUUCCUCACAACGAUGGCAGCGGUGGCAACCCAUGGCUACAAAAUUGAUCCCAGCCUUCCAGAUGGCAUUUACUACAUCCCAGCCUUGAAUGCGUCCGAAAAGGGCCUGAACAAGCUUUUUGGGGAGCCCAUACGCAUCGGAGACAUCGAAUAUCCACAAACCAUCAGCGGCAAGGAAUUCGCACGAGACGUAGUCGGCGAAGUCCCCGUUCCCGCAGACACCAAAGUUUGCUACGACGCGACAGAAAACGGCGUGGACCAGAGCGGCGCGAAACGUAACUUGAAGGACAAAUGCAACUCCUCGACUCCGGUUCCGCGUUGGCAUGACAUGCAGUCGGGGAUCAUACUCUCCCGCUUCGCCAGCUCGCUCGCGUUUGUGUGUAACUGGUCGGGGAAUCUGCAACUAUGCGCGCCCAACGAGAUCGACGACUCAUACAGUCAGAUCGCCGCCGAAUGCAAUGGCGAUACCCAGAGCGGCCAUAUCUGUGCGAGUUCUUGGAAGAAGUGCUACGGGCACUCGACCGUCACGGGAGAGAUUUGCGAUAACGACGUCUAAGACCUUCCAGGAAGAUAUGAUAUCCACCCGUCAGGAACCGAGGGUUACUCUUUCAUAUCAUAUCUUCAGUUUAACUUGUUCUCUUCGUUUGCAUUUCAACCAAGAUAUCUAGUGGGGUUGAAAGAGGAAUCCUAAUGUCCGCACAGUGCCUUCGUUUCAUAACUUUCAUUAAAUAUACUUGAUAAAGAUUAGCUGGAAUUGGCAUAUAAUCCGCAUGGAGUAAUUACACAGAACACGAAGUAGAUGUAGG